AAUGAUAAAAGGUAAUGAUUAUAUAUAAUUAAUAUUUAUAUUACGAGUAUAAAAAAUUGCAAUUUACAGUAGCAAUAGACUUGAUAAUACGUUUCUCGUAUUUAAUACCAUAUCGUUGUAUUCUCUGCUGAUUAAGAUUCUCCAUAACAAAUAUUUCGUUGUGAUAAACUAACUGCUAUAUCAAGUUGACCGAAAGGAAGGGACGAAAUUGAUCAGAGACAACCUAUACUUGCAGACUUGCUAUAAUUACUUUAUAUAAGAGACACUUCUUCGUAAUUUAUACUUAUUCACUCCAAAUUUGCUCAAAGCAAUCCUUCACGCACUGUAUGAGAUGUCGAGAGAUUUGCAUUCUCCGCUCCCUUGUUUAUCACAGAAUUUGUCAAACGCUCGUAAAAUGGAAUGAGUCCUUCAUCGCGAAUUGACUUGAAUCGAGUCGCUGUAAAUUCUGCGACAAAAUCCAAUGACAUUCCACAUCGGAUAGAACGAAAGCCGAGCUACGCUUUCCCGUACAAAAGGGGUCCCGAGCAUGCAAACUGCUGCGAAACGGCUCCGCGAGGCCGAGAGCGGAGAGCCACGCUGAACGCGAGGACGAGCGUACUUAUUUAUAAUAACGUUGAAGAUUCUUUUCGCGCUCCAUUUUGAACGUUUCGAAAACGCCUCGCCGCGAAUAGUCUGAAAUGUUGAACUUCGGGGCGUGUAGCAUGUAAAUAUACAUAUGUACUGAAAUAUGAUCAAUAACGAGGACUGUAACCGGUGAGACGAUUAAUAUGUAUGUAUGCGUGUUGUGUGUGCAAGCUGCGUGAGUCGCAGAGCGACAGUGAGAGAGCGAUUACAGUGUCAUAAUGUUACUCCACGAGGCAUAACUCUAAAUUUUUAUGAUCGUAAAUCCUUAUGGAAGUCCUCCAUUAGCUGCAUUACUUGGCGACUGCGACGCGACACUUGUUGUUUUUGUUGUUACACUCACAACGAACUGCGGGAAUGAAUCGUCCGUGUUUCUUAUAAGAAUUGUAAUAUGAUAUCAGUUGCUAUUGAUGAAACGUCAGUGGAACGAUCCUCCUGCACUUCGAUUACAUAUAGCGAAAUCUUUCUUGCUUUUCCUUCUUUCGAAACUUCCUUAAUUGUACACUCACUGAGGGCUUUUUUUAGAUCCUGAGGUAUGAGGAUUUCUUGGGCGCCGUAAACAGAUGCCCGAAAAUGUUUGGAAUCUGAAGGAAUCGGAUCUUCUCAUCUUUGACCUUUAGAUCUUUGAAUUCCUGGAAUUUACGAUCUUUGUACCUUUUUAUUAUAUAUUUUUAGAUUAAUUUUGAAUUUGUUGAGUUUCUUAGAGCAGAACGUUGCAAAUUUGCGUUCUUGAAUCUGAAUUCUUCCUUUUUGGGUUAUUUUUUUUAAUCCUUUGCAUUUUUAAAACUUAGGAUUCUUCGAACUUCAGAUCCUUGAAUUUUAGCACUGUAAAUUUGUGGUAUUUUAAUUUUUGUAACUUCAAAAAUUAAAUCCUUUAUCUUACAACAUCUAAACCCUUGUUAUUUUAAAAUGUUUUAACUGGUCAGUCAAUUGCUAUUCAGCGAUUGCUUUAGCCUUGAUUGAUUAGAUCGUUUAGUUCUCCAGCUGUGACAUUCAGAUUGCAUCCUUUUAUUCUUUGAUUUUUUUGAAUCCUCAAGUCCUGAAUGUGUUUCCGUUCCUUAAGGACUUUUCACAAAACUGACUGACUUAUCAUAAGUUAUAUAGCCAAUUUUCAACGAAUCACUUAGCCACGUAACUACGAGAAGCGCCUCACACACGAUCUGAUUAAUUGUAGAAAUCGCGAUAGAGGCUUUUAAAACAAUCUUGCCAUUUCUCCUUGAUCAUGUUGUUCGACAGCCUUUAGCAAAUGUGUAAUCAAGAGGAUAAUAUACUUUUCAACAAAAUUAAGAAACACCCGGAAUCGAUGGUCAAAAUGACGAAUUACUUUAUGUAAUCUGGCGAAGAAUAAUCAUUAAGUUAUUUUAAGAGGCAUUUUUGAAAAGUUUCAAUCUCAGCUUGCAGACUUUGGCUUUAAAAUGCUUUUUUUAAUAGCUCUACGACAGUUUCUCGCAAGGUAGCAUAAAUCUUAUAUUUCAUUAAACUUGCCAUCGACUUGGAGUGGUUCCUCGAUUUUGUUAGAAAUGAACUUGUGUAUCGCUAGAGUACAAUUUGACAUGAUUAAUCGUGAGUGGCAAACCUGUUUGAUUUCAUAUCCCAAAUAGUUUAAGCUCCAAGAUAUAUAUUGAUAACAUUUUUUCCCCAAAAAACAUUAUCGUGCGCUUUUCCUACUCGCUUUUGUCAGAUCGUGUGUGACUUGAGUCAUGUACACGUUUCCAUUGAUUUGGGAUUAUUGUUUAUGAGAGGGAAGACGAUUAAAGCGAUAAAGAUACGAUGAUCAUGUAGGUACAUGCAGAACGGCAGCUUUUUAAUAUGUCUACGAAAAGUAUUGUCAAACAAAUACUCUUGAACGUUUUAAUUAAAGGUAAUUCGUACAGUACAUAAAAUUUGAAUUUCAUUCUUUACCUUUAACAUUUUUCAUGCAAAUAUAAUAUUUCGACAAUUUUUUUGCUUGAAAGUAUAUAUUUAGUUAUGUGUCUUGUUACUGUUAUUAAAAUACCUAUAAUGAAUCCACAUGUUCUUUACGCUUGCGGUUGCUUAGAUAUGUUUGUUUGAUCGAUAUUUUACAUAGCGCUACAUAAGAAUUUUACAACGAACAAAAACUGAAGUUGUGUCGAUUCGAACGAAUUGUCUGUGAUUAUCUAAAUUCGGAUGGCGAUAGUCAUAAAAGAUUAUCAAUGGCGACAGACAGAUAAAAGAAUAAUAAUUAACGUGCCUUUAAAAGGUCGCCCUAAAAAUGUGGAUUUAUUCGUUAUGGAUAAUUACGUAAAGAUUAGCUUUCCACCUUUUAUUUUGGAAUUAUUUCUGUGGGAAAACGUGCUCGAAGAGAAUAGUGAAUGUACUUUGACCAAUACUGAAGCUGUCUUCUCCUUGCAAAAAGUUAACUUGGCUAUCGAUUGGCCAAGUCUCGAGGUGGAGAAUAUUAGCAAGAGUGAAAAAUGUCAUGCUAGAAACCGUAUUUUAGAAAAAGCACAAAGUGUUUCGGAAAAUCGUACAAAACUUAAAAAAGAAAAACUUCAACAUCUGCAAAAGGAAGCAGUAAAAAUACAGGUCAAUUUGGAUACCGACACUUUGAAUAAAAUAGAGGCCUUGAGAAACUGUCAUCGGAAAGUUGUGAUGCAGGAUUUCGAGGAAUGGCGAUCAAAUGCAGAGAUGCCGAUCUUCCAGGAUAUUUCCGGCCAAGUGCAAGAAAAUAGAAAGGCAUAUAGGCCUCCUCUUAAAUGGUUCAAGGAUGAUCUCAGUAUCAUACAAUCUCGGGAAAGUGACAUGAAACAAGAAGAAAACAAAUCAAUAGUUAUAGAAGAAUUAAAGGAAGAACCAAUUGUUGAGGAAAAUUUUAAGAAAGAUUCAACUAUUGAAGAAAAUACGAGAAAAGAAUUACUUGUUAAAGAAAAAUCGAAAGAGGAAUUAAAUAUUGAAGAAAAUCUGACAAAAAUAUCAACAAUUAAAGAGUAUACAACUCUCAACAAAAAUAUCGGCAAAGGAGCGGAUACAAAGAUAAAAAAAAAGACAACGACAAAUCUGAGCAACAACAAAUCUGAUAUUAAUUUUGAAGAGUGUUCCAGUUUGGAGGAUUCCGAAUCAGAUGAUGAGAUUAUGUCCUGUAAGUCUGCAACAAAUUCUUUAGUUCAAGAGAUGGAUCAGAAAUCCUUGCAAAAAUUUCAUACCAAAAUGAAGAAGCAAAGACCAGACCAGGAUUUGAUUGACAAAAUACUGAAGGAUCGACAUUCCAAGAUAAAUCAAAUAUUUGAUGAACCCUUAAAAGCAAUUCCACUCCCUAGAAAAAGUGGAACGAUUAAUGUAACCUUCUCCGAACGGGCCUUCCCCACUCCGGCUAGAGAGAGUGCCUUUGUUGAAGAACAGGAAUGGCUUUCCAAGCAAGCGGAAGCUAGAAGGAAAACGGGAUUUGUUGUCGAGAAUCUUCGUCCUGAAGAACAAGAUCCGCAAUGGCUAAAAGACAAGGGCGAUGACUUCUUCAAAGCAGGCAAUUAUUUAGGUGCCAUUAGUGCAUAUACACAUGGAAUUAAAAUCAGUGACAAAAUGGCGGCACUUUAUGUUAACAGAUCAGCCGCACAUUAUGCUCUUGGAAAUUAUUACAGGUGUAUUGAUGAUUGUUCUAAGGUACUAGAGCUAAUGGAACCAAAGUGCGAAAGCAACAGAGAAUCGCGAGCGAGGUGUCACGCUCGUCGUGGUGCUGCGCUUUGCAAAUUGUCCGCGCCGCAGCAUGGAAUCCCCGAACUGGAAGCUGCCCUGAAGCUAGAUCCGAAUAACAUAAGCAUUAAACAUGAUCUUUACGCAGCUAGACAAUAUUUUAAUAUAAAAGAAUAAAAGUAACGACA